CGGGAAUUCAAAGCUCUGCGCUCCAGUACUCCCAAAGUUUAGCAUGUGGUCUUCUGCAAAAUCACUCAAGUGCAUUGUUUGGGAUGUAGUAUGUAAUGGGAAAGCCAACCGAUUGCUGGAAAUGGAGAACAGUCUUCAAAAACACAAACAGCUACUAUUAUCUCCGCUUUCGUUUCCUGGCAAAAAUGAACGUGAUUAUGAAGUUGUUAAAAAUGCUAAUAAUUCGGCAGUUAUGCUUCCUGAGUUCCCACAUAAGGUGGUACUGUCGGAGGAUAUAAUUCAGGAGUCACUGUUUAUUAGUGAAGUCUUCAACUUCAAUGAACUUAGAGCUGUAGAGCUUUGCCUAACAGUUGAAAGUCAACUAUCCUUAUUUCCUCGUCUUGGCCGAGGUUUUGUUGCCGUAGUUCUCUAUUAUGAGUCUCACCUCUCCAUUAUCGACACAUUGGUUACCUUGAUUGGUGCUCGUGAUGGACGGAUGUGGUCGAAUUCUACAUCAGCUGAAAUUUGUCAAGCUGUCCAUUCAUUUACUGAUGAACUGUCUGCCAAUGGACUAUUCCAAAACAUCUUAGGUGUCCUACGAUCAUUCUCCGUGUAUAAAGAAUUUUCUCGUUUGGAAAGCUUACAAGUCUUAGGUGAUUCAAAGCACCGACAUGAUGUGUUUAUGAUGUUGAAAAAUAUAUCUGAAGGUCUAGCUGAAUGUGUUAUGUUAUGGUCGUGUCAAAGUGUCCUAAACUUAGACGAGUUUAAGUUAGUUUUGGAUUGCUUACUCAGUUCAACACCUGAAGGGUCUGAUACAAAAAACAAUGACAAUCAAACCCAACUUACGUUCCAAAAUAAUGGGCAAUUGACUAGAGAAGGAAUGCAUCUACUUAUGUCUUUGUUGCAUUGUUUACAACCAUUUUCUUCAAACACAUUAUGUGCGGAUCAAGUUUCAGAUCUAACGGAUAUUGAUUGGACUCAUCCGCUUUACACCGACCGCACUUUUGCUGCUAGUAUUGGACGUUUACUAGAUAACCAAAAAUCCUUAUUCGAACACCUUACCGAAGAGAGCGAUUCGGAUCGGCUAAAAUUAUUAGCAUUUAUAAGAUUGUCUUGGGCAUUGUGCCUUCGAAGAACAAGUCAUUUACGUGCUGAACUGCGCCGCCGUCAGACAGUUGACGUUAGCAGAUCGACACCUUAUACUGUGGCUAAUAGAAAAGAUCUUGCAGCACUCAAUGAAGAAGAUUUUGGAAUUGGCGGAGAUGAAGAAGAUGAAUUACAAGCUGCUUUAGCUAUUGAAUCUGGAGCGCUUGAAUUUGCUCGCAAACAAAUUUUGAACACUACAGACUUUGAACGUGAGCCUCUCUGGGUGUAUCGUAUGCAUUGUAUUGUUACUGACUUGAUUGUGCACAUGGCAGUACGAGUGAAGGAGAUCCGAUUGCGGGAUGAAGAUAUACUUAGGUCUACAGGUUUUGAUCCGUCGUCUACCGGGCACGGUUUUGCAAACUUUUUACUGUUGAUUGCUCAACUUUAUAAUCAACCUGGUUCUCGUCUACAUGGUCGAUUGGGCUUGGAAUUUUGGUGGCCUGUUGGUGAGCUAACUAAUAUUGCACCAGUAGCGUUGGGUUCAAAUGAUCUAUUAUCUCCAAGUACUGUUGAUAAAUCUCCUAGACCAAAGUUCCAUACUUACGGUAGUCAGUCACGUAAUGCAGAACUUGAUAACAUUCGACAGGCAGCCCUUAUUCGCUUUUUAAGAUUAGCUGGAGAUAUGGUCACAGCGCCUUGUUUAUUUCUGCCUUAUUUACGUAUGCUACAUGGUUUAUGCUGUUCUCGUAGUGCAGCUGGUCUUUGUUUCAGUCUUCUCAAAGCAAAUGCUACUAAUCCUGGGCGUGGUGCCUCGUUAAUUACUUGGGAUCAUUUUUUCAACAGUUUUCGUCAAUAUUUAAACCAUAUGAAACAGGUUGUUGUACAACCAGAACCAAUGAACUUUAGAAUUCAAGCUUCGAAUCAAUUGUAUCCCCAUCUUUAUUUCAAUGAUGGAGUUACUCCCCGUUCCCGCGUGUCAGGUUUUCCACGUUCAACUACUGAGUCUAUGUAUGGUCACAGAAAAGGUUCCAGUUCAUCCGAUAUUGGUGCAACAACAGUACCUAUGAAUAUUCAACCACGUUCCAUUCAACCGGAAGAACAAGCUGGUCUACAGGCUGUUUUGAGAUUGGUUGCUCGUAUUUGUCGAAUGGAUCCAGUUGCACGUUCAACGUUCAUUUCAAAUCCUCAAUGGCAGCUAAUACCAAUGUGUAUGGGUUUUCUAACUUGUCCAGUUUCUUUAGAUUUGAAAGCUGAUAUCUUAUAUUUGCUUACUGAACUUUGUAAAAGUCAACAAAAUAUUCCAGUUAUAUGGCAACAUUUUGUCAGUGCAGAACUAUUACCUUUUACCGUACAACGUCAUCCUAAUCAACCUCAGUCGAUUCACGGACUAAAUACCGAUAUGGAUGAAGUGGAACCACGAGCUGAAGAAUAUCCAUUGACAAAUGCUUUUCUUACGUUAAUAACUGUUAUGCUCCCAAAAUUGAUCAAUUAUCCCAUGCAAAUCCCAAACAAUUUAUUAAGAUCUGGUGAUACUAAAGAAAUGGACACUUUUGGAUUAACUGGUACUAGUCAUAAUAUACCUUCUCAAACAAACGCAUUUCUUUCAAUUACAUCAUUUAUCACUAAUACAAUAUUUUUAAGGCAUACUAUGAGAGCGUAUCGUAAUCCAUUGGAAAGAUGGGAUAUUGCAGCAUCUUGUCUAAUUCUAUUCGACGGACUUGUUCAUGAUUUUUUAAAUCGAUUAAAUAAUGCGACAGCUAUUAUUACAACUAUGAUGACUUCUAGUCAUGAAAAAAAUGUCGACAAUUUAGAUGCACUAUUCACUACUAUGUCUACUUCUACUGGUGUUGGUACAGUGGGUGUUGUUGGCCGUGAUAGUAAGCAAAAUUCUAAUGUGAUCAGCGGUCAGUCGGUUGACUGGGCAUCAUAUCUGUUGAAUGUAUUGUUUCAAAUCGGCAAAGAACAGCAACAACAACAACAACAACCAAUUCAUGGUCGUCAUUUACAUGCUACAUUGUCAUCAUCAAUCAGUUCAUUAGAAGCUUUAAUAAGUCAAUUACAUUUACCUGUUGGUUGGCCAUACACUGAUCCAGGCUAUCAUCUUGCUACUCAGUUGUUAACAGACUCAUCUUUAUUCAGAAUGGUUACCGGCCUUUUAGAAGUAGGCCUACAUAGACAUUUAGAAUUUCCUAUACCUAACGGUCCACCAGUUUCAAUGACUCGUGCAACAUAUGCUGGUCUUAGUUUAAUACGUCGACUAUUGGCUAGUGAAGAUAUUUUAGUAACAUUUGUUCGACGUAUAGCAACUAAUAUUCAACCGCGAAUUGGAUCUGUACAACCAUUGUCGAAUAUUUCUGUUCCAUUGCCAAAUGUUCCUUCCUUUGGUCUUACUAUACUUCCUGUAUAUGUUUCACGUUUAUUAAUGUCGACUAAUUUAGGAUCUGGAAGAGCAGAUCUUAUUCCAAUGUUAUUAAAAUAUUGUUUGCUAGCAGACUAUUUACCAGAUCAUACAUCAUGUGCGGUUAGUAUUCUCGGUUAUUUAGCUUCAUCAAUACAACCACAUUCGGAUCUGUUAGCAUUACUUACAGCUGAUGAAACUACACGAAAUCAAUUACUUGGUGCUUUUGCAUAUUUAAUCAAAUGGCCAAUGAAUGUAGAUAUGAGUUCAAGUUUAAUUCCAAUAGAUAAUAAUUUAGACAAUGAAGGUCAUUUUGCAUUCACUGAUGAAUGGCUUUAUGGUGAUAAUGAUAACAAUGAAUUAUGUUUACAUAGUGUCGGUACAUUUUCAUCUAGAUUACCAUCACCAGUGAUUAAUGCUGCUCGAUUUGAUGCAGCAUUUCCAUUACAAACAAAUAAUUGGUAUUUUCCUAGUCAAAUAUGGGAACGUUGCGCUUCAUAUCUGAAUACAUACUUCUCUGAAUGGACAGAUAUACGAAUUACUCAUAAUCGAUUGAAUAAUAAUGAUUAUUAUAUUCAUGCAUUUGGUGAUUGGUUCUACCAAGUCACUGUAAAUACUUAUUCCAUACCAAUAUCUAUAUCGUUUCUUCAAAUAUUAUUAGCUGUAAUGGAACAUCCUGCUCCUAAUUUAGCUCAUUGGUUGUGUGGUUUCUGUGUUGACAAUUGCAAAGCCAUUAGUCGAUCAAAUUUACAGGAUGCUGGUAUAGCUGACCAACAACGAACAUGUUUACAUAGUAUGCUUGAUAUGAUAGAUAGUACUACGCAUUGGCUACAGUCUAUAACAACAUUGCCUUUUGAAUUCUCUUGUACAUUACAAUGGAAUUUGGCAUUAAUUUGGCAAAUUUUAUAUAAAUUAGGAUCGAAUUCAUUAACAUCGGAACCUCUGUUACGUUUUCUUCGUGGCAAUCAUGAUUUAUUAGCUAAAUACUUACAUUCUGAUCUCUGUCAACCUCUUCUGUCUACAAGUCUCGAUGGCAAUGUAUGUGAAAAUUUCACUGAUCGACAGAAAGCAGUUAUUGAAGCUUUAUCAUUAAAUCGUAAAAACUGGAUCCUUCGUUUGUACGCCAUUGAGAUACGUGUAUGUGCUAUGGCUAAUCAACGUUCCUAUGUAACUAGAUUACUGAAAUUAUUCCUUGGUGAUCUUCUAUUUGAUAAUUCUCUUUUGUCGUUUAAUCAAUCACAAGAAUCUCCUUCUGUUCUUGUGAAUUUUUUGCAAAUUUUAAACACAUCCAAUGAACUUGUCAAUGAUUGUAAUCCAUUCGAAUCGAAAUUGUUCAAUUCAAAUGUUCUGCAUGAAUUAUUGACAAAAUCAUCAAUCGAUUGUCCUUUAUUAAGCUCAGAUUCCAAUGCAACAAAAGUAUUAUCAACUAUGAUACAUUUUAAAAUAUUCCUAAUGAAUCUAUUCAUGAAAUUAAUCAGUGCACGUAACGAUCUAGACAGUUAUUCUAAUGAAGAUUUAAACAAACUGAUUACAUUGACAUUUGAUCAAGUAUUUGAUAUUAAUAGAUCAGCUUAUCAUUUAUCAAUAUUAGAAGUAUUCAACACAUCUUAUUCAUCAUCAUCAUCAUCCACAACAACAGUAUCUGCAUUAAUAAAACAAAUAUCUGACCUACGUGAAUGGAUAGAUCAACGGAAUAUACAUAAUCUCCAUUUAUAUGCCGGUAAACAAUUAGCUAUUGAAGCAUGGCGACAAGCAGUUGAGAUUAGUUUAGGGUUAAUGACAAAUCAAGGACAAUAUGAUAGUGGCAAUAAUAAUAAUACAGUAAAAAGAUCUUUAAAUCAAUCAAUGAUAUCUGUACCAAGUUAUCUAUAUUCGGAAUUAUUCAGUCUAUUACGUAAUAAUGGUGAUGGUAUUGACGUCGGUAAUGGACCAAAUAAUAUGUCACAAUAUAAAUUUCAACUUCGUCCAGUUCCAGUUCUUUGUCUAGAUGUGCUUAUUCUGUUAUUAUCUCAGAUUUGUUCUAUGAAAGAAGUUCCACAAACUAUUCGUUUAUUAGCCAGUGGUACCAGUUUGACACUAUGUUCAUUUUUGCAUUGUCAAUCAUCAUAUGUUAAUGCAUCCAAACCAAAUAUUUCAGAAAUACCAACAAGUGGAUUAGAUAAAUGUGUCUAUAACAAACAUUGGUCUCCUUUACUUAUAUCAGUGAUGGAACUAUUAAUUAAGUCAAUUGUUAGAACUAAAACUUCAACACAACGUAUGCGUGCUAAUUACUAUGGAAGUUUAUGCUAUGUGAUACGUUUCUGUCGAAAUCUUGGUCAAUCUUUGAAAGAUGAUAAAGUAUCAUUAACUGAUUUCACUUCUCUAAUGGAAUGCUUCUCCAUAUUUAAUUUUUCAACUAAUACUAAUACCAAUUUGAAUACAAUACAUUCAAAUGCAUUAAAUUCUUCUGAUUUAAAUCAAUUACAUUCUACAUUAAUCACUGAUUUAAUUCAUGGACAUACAAUGAUUCAAUUGGCUGCAAUGAGUUUAUUAGAAUUGUUAAUUUCAUUUGAUCGUUGCUCUCAACAAUUAAUUACAUAUCUUGACAAUCAAGGAACUAUUCAGCAUAUUUUGGAUACUAUAAUUGAAGAUUUACAAAUUAUAGGUAAAUUUCUUACUUCAGUCAAUACUGAAUUACAAGAUUAUUCAUCUGUAUUAAAUCGUUCUAAUUAUUUGUCACUUGAAUCAAAUAAUAAUAACAAUAAUAAUAAUCAUUACCAUAAUGAGAAUUCAUCAUCGAUUAUGUCAUCAUAUUUAUUGUAUCAGUCAAAAAUGUCAAUUCUAUGCAGAAUAGGCAGUUAUCCUACUGGUGCAAAGAUUUUAGCUAAUCAUGGAGUCAUAAAUCGUCUAGCCAAUUGUGAUGUAUUCUCAUCAUCAAAUUUAGCUAAUUGUUAUUCUUACGGUCUAGAUUGUUUAUAUAUUUGUGAAGACGAUAAUAAUAAUCAACAAUACCAGGACAUCAGUCACCAUCAUUAUCCGAAUCGGUCAAAUGAAUCGAAUCAUUUAAUGGAUUUAAUCUGGUUCCGUUCGUCUAAAUUUCAACGUUACUUCUCCUACCCAUCAUCAUCAUCGUCUCCCACUCUUGGGAAAAGUGGUCAUUCUAUUUAUUGGGAUUUUAUUGAAUCCAUUAUCAGUAGUAUAAUGAUAGAACCUGGUUGUGAAAUAGACGAGAAUGAAUUAAUGAAAAUUAAUUGGGCAGGAUUAUUGAUUCCAACAUUAAGACUUUCUAAAAUUGUAAUAAAUUCAUUAGGUACAACACAUAUGUCUAUUAAUCAACAAAUCGUCAAUUUAAUACAUACACAUUCUAGUUCAUUUAUGUGCAAUGAAAUACAAUUAGCCAGUUCAAUUGUAACAUUUUUAAGCCGACAAGAUUGGUCUUACAUCAAUCAUUCGAAUUCUUCUUCUAAUCAACCAAACAAUUCAAAUUGGCUUAUACAAUGGAUUGCAUCAGAAACAAAUAUUAUAAAUUUGUUUAGUUUAAUUAUGCCAAGUUUUAAUAGUCCAGUUAGUAUAAUGUGCUCAGAUGAAUAUUCCAAUCUUCAACGUGAAAUUAUUCAAUCGAAAAUUCUACGACAUACAUUUGAAUUACUUAUCCAUUUAAUUCAGUCCAAUAAUCUAUCCUUAUUAGAUGAGAAUGAUUUAUGUGGAAAUUAUAAAUUUCAUAAUAAUUAUUUAGCUUUUGAAUAUUUAUUUAUUGAAACACAAUAUAUUCAACUGAUUUAUAGUUUAUUAUUUGUAUUCAUAGCAUAUUUAAGUAUACCAGUAAAUAGAAUACGUAAAUUUACAUCGGAUCAUAUAAAUAAUGAUACAACACGUACAUUAUUUCAAUUUUAUAAUAAUAAUAAUAAUAAUAAUAAUAAUAAUAAUAAUAAUAAUAAUAAUUCAACAAUUGAUUCGGAACAAGAAAAUUCAACAUUCAAUAUAAAAAUUCAAAAUACAUUAACAUUAAUUAUGAAUUUAUUACAAUGGUCAUUAAAAUGUUUACGAAAUAAAGAGAAAAUUUGUUUAGCAUUAAUCAAUGUACAAUUUCUUAAUCAUAAUCAUAAUAAUAGUCAUUCUAUAAAACAAUCCAAAAAUAAAAUCUAUAAUGAACAAAUUAAUCAACAACAAUUUGGACAAUCAAUUAUUCAAUUAUUGAAUUGUGAAUCAUUCAAUGAAAGUCUACCAAUUAAUGAAUUAAAACAAGCUUCAUCUAUCAUAUUCAAAUGCCCUUUACAAUUAUUAAAUUCUGUUGAUCGAAUUACUGCUGGUAAAGAAAAUCAAAAUGCUGAAAUUCAAAUGAUGCAACGAUUAACUCAACUUGGUGUCAGUUGUCUACGUGUUCAAUUGCGUGGACUUAUUGGCAUAAUUGAACAGUCGACAUAUUUAUUAUGGAAACAUUUAAGCAGUCUCAUAAACAAUCCUAAUGCUGUAAUCGGUGAAAACAAUAAAGAUGCUCCGUUACAUCAAUCCUUACAAUCCUCACAUGGUAUUCGUAAUCUGUCUACCACUAAUUGCAUUACUUCUCCAAUGAAAUCCUCUUUAAAACCAUUGUCGACUUUAACCACUAUCAGUACUCCAACUAAACGUAAUGCAUUAAUGAAUACAGCAUUUAGUCGGGAAAAUAACAAUAUACUUCAAAGGAAUAUGUCUUGGUUACGUAAUCAUUGUGAACAUUUGGUACAAGACGAAAUAAUGGAAAUGCUUAGCCAGUUAACUAAGGCUGCUUAUUUAAAACAAAAUCAACGGUUAUUUAUACAAGUAAUGCAUAAUCGUUUAGAAAGAAUCAUACAAAAGCAAUUGAACAAUAAUCCGAUAACAUGAAAUAAUGAUC